AUGUACCUGUACUGCCACCUGUACCUGUACUGCCACCUAUACCUGUACUGCCACCUAUACCUGUACUGCCACCUAUACCUGUACCUGUACUGCUACCUAUACCUGUACUGCCACAUAUACCUGUACUGCCACCUAUACCUGUACUGCCACCUGUACCUGUACUGCCACCUAUACCUGUACUGCCACCUGUACCUGUACUGCCACCUAUACCUGUACUGCCACCUAUACCUGUACUGCCACCUGUACCUGUACCUGUACCUGUACUGCCACCUGUACCUGUACUGCCACCUAUACCUGUACUGCCACCUAUACCUGUACUGCCACCUAUACCUGUACCUGUACUGCUACCUAUACCUGUACUGCCACCUAUACCUGUACUGCCACCUAUACCUGUACUGCCACCUGUACCUGUACUGCCACCUAUACCUGUACCUAUACUGCCACCUAUACCUAUACCUGUACUGCUACCUAUACCUGUACUGCCACCUAUACCUGUACUGCCACCUAUACCUGUACCUGUACUGCCACCUAUACCUGUACUGCCACCUAUACCUGUACUGCCACCUGUACCUGUACCUGUACUGCCACCUAUACCUGUACUGCCACCUAUACCUGUACCUGUACUGCCACCUAUACCUAUACUGCCACCUAUACCUGUACUGCUACCUAUACCUGUACUGCCACCUACACCUGUACUGCCACCUAUACCUGUACCUGUACUGCCACCUAUACCUGUAA